CAUCCUAUUCAGUGAAUCGAGCAAAAUGCAUAACCAUGCAUCUAUCCUUACUGCGUAUCCUCUUCUUCGUAGUUGUAGUCGCCAUCGUCGUUGUCGUCGUCAUCGUCGUCAUCGUUUCCAAACGGAAGGACCAUGUCGCGCCAUUUGAAUGCGAAACUCAAUAAACUUUUAUGAUCCGUUGUAAAAACGUAGUCGGGCCUGAGACGACCGACCGACCGACCGACCGACGACGAGGACCACGCUGAAACUGGCUGGCGACACAACUUUACUUUGGUUCUGCAUUUUCACCAUGCACUCUCAAUCGUGGAUCAAAUUGGUUUGGAUGAACUGUUGGGCUCUUUUGUGUAAGCCAAGGAUAUAAUGUCCUGUGCAACCGUGCAAUUUCCCUCCACAAAUCGGUUUAUUGGCAGAACUGCACUACUGCCAUUGAAAUCGAAUUAUCUCCACGACGACAACGCUGACGAUGACGUCCAGCGUAUUGGCAGUUGUAAAUAAUUUACAAAAAAAAAAAAAAAACGAAUCCGCCCACCUACUCUAUACCCACACAGCCCGACCAACACACACCCACAUUAUCUACUCGUUCAAACUUCAAAAGAGUUAUCUUCGCAGAAAAACUGACUACUUCCGUAUCCUCUUUUCAGAUGAGUUCCGAAGCAAAAUAGCAUGCGAGAAUGACAACAUGCCAUUGGUGUGUAAUCCUUAUUCACGGAUAGCGAUAUACAGUGCGAACUUUGGACGCACAGAACGAGAAAGCGUUCAGUGCAGCAAUGGAUCUGAUCACCCCGUCGUCGAGGACCCAAGUAGCAAACAGACCUGUCUGGUGUCGUACGCGACGGAGACAGUGAUGCAAAUCUGCCACGGGCGGAGACGAUGUUCAAUCACAGCCGAUGCCGGAACAUUCGGUCGACCAUGUAAAGGCGACGCCAAAAUGUAUUUGAAAGUUGUGUACACCUGCAUACCACGGAAAGUCCUCAAGGAUAGAUACGAAACAGCGCCGGAAUCGGAUGAACCACAACAGACAGAACUCGAUUUGGACCAGGACGAACUGUACGAUGAGGACCAAUUCUAUAAGGAAUCAGAAGCUAUACCACCCGCACCAAAGCUACAAGGGGCAAUACCAAAUCCAGCAUUUCCAUUCGAUUUUACGGGUGACAUGAUGCCGACUAGCACAUUGAUGCCGCCCUUAUUGUCGAGAAACGAUAAUAGUUUGGAAGCAGGAACAGAAGCAGCCACAACAACAAUAACAACCACUGAUCCAGGAUAUGAUGAAGAUUUUCUUAUUCCACAAGCACCGGAUGUAGAUAUCUUCGGACAAAGAAUAAAUGAAGAAGCAUCUGUCAUUACAUCUAAUGCAGUAACACAAAACUUUUUCGAAAAGCGUCGUAAGUGUAUUUAUCCUGAAACUGAAACUGUAACUGAAACAAUAGACGAGCAACUUGGUCAAGAAGUCAUGGUAAACUGUUCAGAAAUAGAAAGGGUAGAAGUUAUUGGAUUCUUAGUUAAUUGGAUGCAGACGUACAAUUUUAUCAAACAAAAUCAAGAGCAAUUUUACCUCUACCUCAUAAUUUCUGUAGCAGCUGGUGUGCUGCUAUGCCUUACUCUAGUCAUUGGGCGAUUGGCAAUGCAAAAACGACGUCAUAGUAGGAAAAAUAGCAAUUCUAGUGGUAGCAACAGUGGCAAAAACUGUGAUGGUAAAUUUCAACAAUCAACAACCGGAGAAACGCAAAUUCCUAACUCGUUCGGCGAUGACAUCUCAGACAUCGAUGGUGAUAUCGAUCUGACGAGUGCUCUGCCGGUGCCGAACUUAUCAUCCCGUAGUGAGACCUAUAUAGCAUAUGCUCCAACAGGAUAUGGUGGUGGUAUGCCUCCACCACCAACAUCAAGUGCAACCACGAUGCUUAUGCCGCAAAGUCAUCACAGUGGGAUAAUGGGAGGUAGUGGCCCAUCAGGACCUGUGGGUAAUAGACAAUCCACACCACCACCAAACAUGUACAGUGGGCUUGUGUCAGGCCCGCCACCAGUAAGCGGGUCGAUGUCCAUGGGAUGUACCAAAAUUAGCUCAAGAUUUUAA